GCAAAAGUUUAUAUGAUUGCAGCAGGGGUCAUAGGAGGUGUAUAUCUUCUUGGAGUUGUCAUUCUUUUUCUUGGAGUAAAGGAAAAAGGCGAUCCUUAUGCGUUAAAUUCAGACAGAGCAAUCCCUUUUUGUAAGGGGCUUGGACUCACCAUGAAGCAUGGUCCAUAUGUGAAGCUUACAGCUUCAUUUCUUCUCAUCUCGACAGCAGUUCAGCUGGAGCAGAGCAACUUUGUCCUAUUCUGCACUCAUGCUGCUGAUCUUCGCAAUCACUUCCAGUAUUUGGUGGUGACCAUCUUGGUAUCAGCAGCUGUGAGCGUUCCCUUCUGGCAGAAGUUUCUGCAGCGAUUUGGCAAGAAGUGUGCAGCAUGUGGGAUUUCGUGGAUGAUUCCUUUUGCAGUCAUGCUAGUGACCAUUCCCAACCUGAUCCUGGCUUACUUCUUGGCCUUCAUCUCUGGUCUGAGCAUUGCAGCAUCUCUUCUGUUGCCAUGGUCAAUGCUGCCUGAUGUUGUUGAUAACUUUCGCCUGCAAAAUCCACAUGGAAAAGGACAUGAAACCAUUUUCUAUUCUUCUUAUGUUUUCUUUACCAAGAUAUCAGCAUGAAUUGGCUUAGGAAUUUCUGCAGCAGGCCUGGAGUUUACUGGAUACAAGCCAGGGAUAUGCAGACAAUCCAAUGAUGUGAUCCUCGCACUGAAAAUCCUCAUUGGAGCAGUCCCUUCUGUCCUCAUCCUUGUAGGUUUAUUUAUACUCGUUUUCUAUCCAAUCACUGAAGAAAGUCGGAAAGAAACAAAGCUUGCACUUGAAGUGUUGAGAAGGAGCCACCAAAGCACGGAGAACCUCGAUGACGACCAAGAGGACACCUCCGUCUGA